AUAAAGCAACACGAAAUCUGCAUCCAAAUAAACAAAUUGUUUUUAAUGUUAUAUUAGCCUAAUAAGGGUCAUUACACUUAUUAUUAGCAAAGGCAGUGUUGACUAAACCCAAUUUUCUAAGUAUCGAAAACGCUGUGCAACACUGGUUUAACGAUUAUAAGCAAACCGUGAAAAAAUAUUCUUGGUGCGGGUCCAAUUGGUCUGAAAACAAAUAAAAACAAAAAUACAGAGCAAACAAGACAAUCUUUGAGUGUUAAUUUAUCAGUGCUUGGUCGGGGAACUCAAAAUCAUUCUGUGCGUCACCGUGCCGCGCGUCCAAAAAGGGAGGGGACAAAGUAAGCCCCACACAUAUGUACACACAUUUAUCUAAGAGCCAUCCAAGUGAUAUGUAUCCAAAGGAAUCCUAUGGCCAUAUUUGCAAGCAGAUAUGAACGAAAAUUGCCAAUUGAUGACACCCAAACGCUGAGCUGCGAGAUAACCGCAGUCGAGGAGGUCGACGGACAUACGGAAUACCUGCUGCGCGUGUGGAGGGGCACCAGCAGGGAGAACUCGUGGAACGUUUUGCGCCGCUACAAUGACUUCGACCGGCUGGACAAAUGUCUCCGCAUCUCGGGCAUCGAGCUGCCGCUGCCUCGCAAGCGCAUCUUUGGUAACAUGCGCCCGGAUUUCGUAGCUGAACGGAAGCAAGCCCUGCAAGUGUACAUAAACGCCGUACUAAUGAAUCCAAUACUGGCCUCAUCGCUGCCAGCCAAGCGCUUUGUCGAUCCCGAGAGUUACUCGCAGUCGUUUUACGACCAUGCAGUGCAAAACGCCGCGCUCUGCCUGCGAUCAGAUGCGGCAUGGGCCCUGGGUGGAACCAUGGGCGCCAUAGGCUGGCGCCUCAGGAAGCACUACUUCAAGGUGACGCCCAAGCCACCGGAAAAGAGCAGCAGCCACAAACAGCUGGUCAAGAGCGGCUCCCAGACGCACCAGAGCAAGCAUUUCGCCUCCGGUAGCAGCAGCAAUGGCAGCGGUCACUCGAUCGACGCCGGCACCCUUGAUCCUGGGUCAGAGGUAGUGGCCGAAUGGUUGGAAUACGGGCCAGACAAGUUCGUCGACGAGAAGGAAAUCAGUGGGAUACUAAAGAGCUUGAUGGGUCUGCAGCAUCCGCACAUCGAGCCCGUCAUUUUUGCUGGCCACACGGAAAGCGGUUGCCUUGUCAUUAGAAAAUUCCACAAGCAUGGCACCUUGAAGGAUGUGCUGUGCAUGGCUACGCCAAAGAAUCCCUUCCUUAGCAAGUACGGAAAUCCGAAGGGACGCACCGCACUUUCCAUGAAACAGGUGGCCACUUAUGGCAAGCAGAUCCUAGAGGCUCUCAUAUUUUUGCAUUCCAAGGGGUACGCCUAUGGUCACCUUCAUUCCGGAAACAUAGUCAUAGUGGACGAUUGCGUGAAGCUUUUGGACAUUGAGAACUACCUUGUGGGCGUCCCUGCAUUCUACAGACCAUUCUUUGUGCAGCACAGUAAGAUCCAUGCCAUGGAGACGGUGGAUGUCUACUGCUUCGGGCACGUUCUGUUCGAAAUGACCAUGGGCUAUCCGCUGCAGGAGUCCGUUGUGCGACAAAUUACGGAAUGUCCAGAGGCCUUAAAAUGCCUGCUGGAGAGCAUUUUGUCCAAGGAGGCCUGCAAGGCCGGCCUUCCCACACUGGAGCAGCUGUUGGGCCACAGGUUCUUCACGCAAUACGCUUCAACUGAAGGCGCUUGCGCCGCUGCAGCCGCCAAUGCGGAGAAGCCAUACUUUAAGCUGUCCCUGAACGCCAAGGAGCUGCUGAAGCAGGCGGCCAUCAAGAGCGAGAAUCGUUUGCGGGACGAGCAGAAGUCUGUGAAGAACCAGAAGCGUAUCGUGCGCGUCCAAGAGCUGAUGAGCUCCGAGGAGGAGAAACGCAAGUCCAAGCAGAAAGCAAAACUAGAGCACAAACAGUCGAAGCUAAAGCAGCAAGUAUCACUCCAAACAAACAAUGGACGCUUGUCGCUUGUGGCUGCGACUGCAUCAGCAGCAACAGCAGCUUCCUCCUCCAGCACGGUCCUGGGUGUGGGGUUAAGUGCGGCCGACUCCUUCAACCGCUCCGACAGCACUCCCGAGGAGCCCACACUGGCCGGCCUCAAAUCCCCACCGCUUACUCCGGCUCCGCUGGCGGGUGGCGCACCCGUUGAGCGGCAAUCUUCCACGCCAAACAUGCUGGCCGAGGACGCGGAGGCCGGUGAUGGAGAUGGCGAGGGCGACGAGCUGACCCGUUCGGCAUUGCUGGAGUCCAUCUGCAAGUUUAACCGCGGAUCGCUGCGCAAGGUGCGCUCCAACGACUAAGAGAUUUAUAAACGUUAAAAACUUUUCGGACCAAAUGUGGCGUUAUGAAAUAACACGGUGCCAUCAGUAAAAACAAAAAACCAACUCGAAACUAAUCGAAUUCCAAAAGCUACAUUUUUAGAGGCAUAUUUGAGACUCAAAAAACGCAGAGAAAGAGAAACGGAAGCAGAGCAUAAAGCGCAUAUACCCAAAAAAAAAAGAUAAAAACAAUCCAGCAAUUACUAUAUAUGUACUAACGAAACCCACUGAUUAUAAUUAUUGCAUCUUAUACGUGUCCACUAUAUACAUAAAUAGCAUACGGAAUGUGUCUAUAUAUAUGUAUAUGUAUGAGCUACAGGCCACACACAUUUGUCAAGGACCUUAUAAUAACAUGAUGCAUAACGCCUAUUCAUUUGAAUUGCCAUAGAGUGGCUUAAAAAAAAUUCGAGAUAAAACAGCGUAGUAUAUAGCGUUACAUAUCUUGUUAAUAUAAGGACUUUGCAUUUGCGAACAGACGCCGGGUCGCAACUAAAGCUUUACCUAUGUGUCCACUACACGACUGAAACUAACUUUGGUACGAAUAUCUAACAAAAACGAGGGAAACUUAAACUAAAGCUAAAACUGAGAAACAAAAACGAAACGACAGACAGAGAAAUUAGUACUUUCCAAUAUUUACAUACAUAAGUCUGCACCAAAAUUUGCACGAGAGCGGGACGGAGAUGCUAUUCUUUUAUAAGUAAAUAUCGUACAUGGAUGUUAGAUGUCUAAGCAAUUGUUCCUCGGUGUUGUGCUAUCCUCCACCUGUGCGCGCAUUUUUUUAUCGCCAAUAUUAGUAGCUGUAACACUGAGUAUUUGAGUUUUUACAUAUAUUGUAUUUGUAUUUGUAUUUCGAAGAGCCACGAAUGUUUUUAAAACACUCAAAUACAUACUCGGGAGUCCUGGACUCAACACAACUAGUUCAAGCAACAAAGUAACAGAGACAAAGAAGACAAGGAAGAAAUGUGGCCAAGAGAGUUCGCACUGUUAUAUUGUUUUCCUUUUUAUAUAGACAAUUUAUUAGGUGUCCGAAUGUGAAUUAUGCGUAUGUAUCGAGAUAUAUUUAUAUUUGAAUAUGUGUAUAUAUAUGUAAUUGAUGUUGAGCACCCAGAAAUAACGUAAAUACUUGGUACAUGUGUGUUUUAUCGUCUAUCAUCUGACUGUGCAUAAGUUUGGAUAUACAUACUUUAAACCGGAGACGGAUCUGAAAUUCGAAAGAAACAUAUUCCCGAUACAACCACACAAAUAUUGCAAACCAAAUAAAGUGUAAACUAAUUGCCGUUGUAAA